AAACCCCAGUUCUCUGUCUCUCUUGUCAAUCCAGGUUUAUCCAAUAUUCAUUAUUUUGGCAGAUCAAGGUAUGUUUUAAACAGCUGAAGGACAGAAUUCUUUAAAAUUAGAUAUUACAUAAUUAAAGGCUGGCGUCUUUGGUGAAUAUUUUGAAAAGACUCUUAAUCUGUGAUAUGUUUUAUGCCGUUCGAGUGGGAAGAAACCCGGGAAUAUACUCGACAUGGAAAGAGUGUGAAGCACAAGUCAAGGGUUUCCCUAAACCAGAAUAUCGUAAGUUUCCGACAGAGGCUGAAGCUGAGGAAUUUAUUGGCGGAGGUUUUUCCAGUAGUCAGAACAGUCAGACAGAAUGUUCAGGUUCAAGUUCCAGUUCUACUCCACGUAGAAGAGGUGGUGGGUUUACUGUGAAUACUCCUGGUAUUCUAGAAACUAUGAUUAAUAUGAAAGCCAGCAUUCAACAGUUACAACAACAAGUGGCAAUGAUAUCACAAACACUUCUUCAUCUGACAGAUGGUUUAACAACACUAGAAACUUCAUUGAAUGUGACACAGUCUCCUAAUUUAGGUAGAAAUACAAAUAAUGGUACGCCAUUAAAAAGGUCUAUGAGUAGUACAAGUGAAGAACCACCAUCAAAAGUGAAGAAAUCUUUAACUGAUGCUUGGGUCAAUAACAAUUUUACAGGACAAGCAUUUGAAGAUGAUGAUGGUGUAGAAGUUUAUACUGAUGGUGCUUGUUUUAAUAAUGGUAAAAACGGUGCUUGUUCAGGUAUUGGUGUGUUCUGGGGUGUUAAUGAUAAAAGUAAUACAAGUGAAAAAUUAACAGGAAGACAGACUAACAACAGAGCUGAAAUUCAUGCAGCUCGAGUAGCCAUUGAACAAGCUAAGAAGAAAAAGAUUAAAAACCUUAUUUUAUAUACAGACAGCGAAUUUCUAAUCAACAGUAUAACAAAAUGGAUCAAAGGUUGGAAACGGAAUGGAUGGAUUUUAUCAUCCGGAAAACCUGUCGUCAAUAAAGAUGAUUUUCAAGAAUUAGACGAAGCUUUAAAAGGAAUAAAUGUAAAAUGGGUUCAUGUCAGGGGUCAUUGUGGUAUCCCUGGAAACGAAGCAGCCGAUAGAUUAGCCAAUGAAGGAGCCAAGAAAUCUCUUCCAUAAUGAAUGACUGAAAUAUAUAUCAGUUGUUAAAUGUGAUAUGAAUAUGUGUUGUGAGAAUGAAUCUGUGUUACCAAUUUGAAGUGCCAUGUUGAUGAACUUGACAGUUAGAAAUCGAAAUAAAAGAAUAGGACAUAGUGCCACUGUCCGGGCAAAGUGUCCCUCACAGCACAUUGCGUGGCAUAUGCUUAUCUUCAAUAACCCGGUUGGCUUAGAAAAGUAGGACGUCAUCGCCUAUUUUAGAAUAUGUUAAAAUAUGCAAUUUGUGAUUUAAACCGCCAGAAGCUACUCUUAUAAACCUGCGGAGUUGAACCAUUGGUAGCCACUCUUAUAAACCCACAGAGAGUUAAACCGCCAGUAGCCACUCUGAUAAACAACCAAUAGCCACUCUUAUAAACCUGCAGAGAGUUGAACCGCCAGAAGCUACUCUUAUAAACACGCAAAGAAUUAAACAAACAGUAGCAACUCUUAUAAACACUCAGUGGCCAUAUGUUGCAUUUCAUUAAUUUGAAAGUUUCAUUUGUUCAUUAAUAUUUAUUACAUAGUUGAGUUGAAUAAAGGUUUAUGGUUCUA